AUGAAAAACAACUGUCCAAAAACUAAUGCUAAGAUACAAGUUCAGUUAGAACUCUCAAAGCAAGAGAAGCAAGCAUGGGAAGAGACGAAGAUGUACAGGUGGCAAGAUUUCCAAGACUUUUCUCUUCGGAGAAUGUUCAAGAAAUACAGUCAGCUGGGCGUUUCAGCAUUACCUGAUGAUAAAUACAAACUCCUGAUGCAGUGUGUAUCAGGGAUGGAGUCAAACUAUGCCACUUCGAAGAUUUGCGAUUAUAAGAAUGCCACUAAAUGUGACUUGGCGUUAGAACCAGAUAUAACUGAGAUCUUCGCAAAGAGUCAAGAUCCCGAAGAAUUGAAGCACACCUGGCUGCAGUGGCACGACGCGGCCGGAGCUCGGGCGCGGAACAACUUCACUCAGUACGUGCAACUGGAUAACGAAGCUGCGAAGCUUAAUGGUUACAAAGAUGUAGCUGAAAUGUGGCAGUCGGAGUAUGAAGUGUCAGAUUUCGAAGAACAAUUAGCUAAAUUAUGGGAAGACGUCAAACCUCUGUACCAACAACUACAUGCUUAUGUGAGGAAACGGCUUCGAGAUAAAUAUGGAGAGAAUAUUGUUUCGGCAAAAGGACCCAUACCUGCGCAUCUGUUAGGUAACAUGUGGGCGCAAACUUGGAACAACAUCGAAUCUUUCACUCGUCCAUAUCCCGACAAAAAGGAGAUCGACAUUACAAAGGCUAUGAAGGAGCAAAACUACACGCCACUAAAAAUGUUUCAAAUGUCAGACGAAUUCUUCAGAUCACUUAACUUAACCGCUAUGCCUGAAAAGUUCUGGAAAAAUUCGAUCAUUGAGAAACCGACCGAUAGGGAGAUUGUAUGUCACGCGUCAGCGUGGGACUUUUAUGACGGAGAAGACUUUAGGAUCAAACAGUGCACAACAGUCGAUUACGAAUAUUUCCAAACGACACACCACGAAAUGGGUCACGUACAAUACUUCCUACAGUACAAACAUCAGCCGGUUGUGUUCAGAGACGGGGCUAAUCCAGGUUUCCAUGAAGCUGUUGGCGAUACGAUAGCUUUGUCCGUAUCAUCUCCGAAACAUUUGAGACGAGUCGGUUUGAUCAGCGGUGACGCUGAAGAUGAACAAACUGAAAUCAAUCAACUAUAUAAAAUGGGUAUAGACAAGAUAGUGUUCCUGCCGUUCGCGUACACGCUGGACCUGUUCCGCUACGGCGUGUUCCGCGGCGCCACGCGGCCGGAGGACUACAACUGCCACUACUGGCGGCUGCGCGACUCGCUGCAGGGCGUGGAGCCGCCCGCGCCGCGCUCCGAGCGCGACUUCGACGCCGCGGCCAAGUACCACGUCGCCGCUGACGUCGAGUACGCCAGAUACUACGUGUCCUUCAUAAUCCAGUUCCAGUUUCACCGCGCGCUGUGCCAGCUGGCGGGCGAGUAUGUGCCCGAAGACCCCAAUAAGAAGCUCGUGGACUGCGACAUCUACCAGAGCGUUAACGCUGGAAAUGCUCUCGCAAAUAUGCUUAAAAUGGGUUCCUCGAAACCUUGGCCUGAUGCGAUGGAGGCUCUGACUGGUCAACGUGAGAUGAGGGCGGAUGGCCUCUUGGAGUACUUCAGACCCUUGUACGAUUGGCUGCAAGCAGAGAAUCAAAGGACUGGAGAAUAUAUAGGAUGGGAACCUAGCAAAAUACAGUACUGCACGGAGGAGCAGCGCGCGGCGCUCGCGGCGCCCGAGCGUGACUCACAGAGAGGCACUGUUCUCAGGCAGUGUUGUGUUCCUUUGUUAAGGCAGUCAGAUCUCUUGGAGAAGGUCGGCAACACAAUGGCAAUACUUCUGGUGUUGCUGGCGUCCAUAAGCUACGGUAUUUGCUUAUCAUGCAUAAUGUUGAAGGUCAUCGUAGAGCUGGCCCUUGUUGGGGCGAUAGCCUCGGUCUUCAUUGUCGCUGCUCAAGGGCGAGCCCAAGAACGGGCAGCUGAGGAAGCUGCCGGAAGGGAGUACAUGAGAAAGUUGGAUGAACUAUCUGCGAAAUCGAGAAACAGAGCAACUUUAGCGUCGUGGGCUUACCAGUCCAACAUCACGGAUUACAAUGAAGAGAGAUUGACGCAAAUUUCUUUGGAAAUCGCGGAAGAAGAAAAGGAAUACUGGAAAGAAACUAUGACUUACUUAUGGCGUGAAUUUGAGGAUCCUGAUCUCAAGCGAAUGUUCGAGAAAUAUUCAGUUCUCGGCACUUCUGCUCUACCAGAGGACUUAAACCAAAGAUUGAUUCAAGCUAUAAACAACAUGCAGUCUACAUACGCUAGGGCCACAAUUUGCGAUUACAAUGAUCGUUCAAAAUGUGACUUGAACGUUGAACCAGAGGUAACUAACAUUUUCGCUCAAAGUGAUGACGCUGAUGAAUUGAAGUACACAUGGUUGGAAUGGCACAAGGCUGCAGGCGCUGCGUCUAAAGGUUUCUUCACUGAAUACGUCAACAUGGACAACGAAGCUGCUAAACUAAACGGAUUUGACAGUGUAGCAGAAUGGUGGUUGAGUACAUACGAUGAACCGGACAGUGAAGAACAGUUUGCAGCACUCUGGGAGCAAAUAAAACCCCUCUACCAACAAAUACACGCGUAUGUCAGACGACAUUUGAGGCUUAAAUAUGGAGAAGGCGUGGUUUCAGCCAGAGGACCAAUACCUGCCCAUUUACUAGGAAAUAUAUGGGCGCAAACUUGGAAUAACGUCGAGAAAUUCACAAGACCGUACCCAGACAAACCAGACGUUGACGUUACAGAAGCUCUCAUCAGGCAGAACUAUACAGCUCUUAAAAUGUUUAAAACCGCUGAAGAAUUCUUCACCUCACUUAAUUUGAGUGCUAUGCCCGAUUUGUUUUGGGAGAGGUCGAUCAUUGAGAAGCCAAAUGACGGAAGGGAUAUGGUGUGCCACGCUUCAGCCUGGGACUUCUUUGAUGGAGAAGAUUUUAGAAUCAAGCAAUGCACAACCAUCACAAAUGCUUUCUUCAAGACCACUCACCAUGAAAUGGGUCACAUACAAUACUACUUACAGUACAAAGAUCAGCCUGUAAUAUACAGAGCUGGUGCCAAUCCUGGAUUUCACGAAGCUGUUGGUGACGUCAUCGCUUUGUCUGUGUCCACGCCAAAACAUUUACGUGUCAUGGGAUUGCUCGAAGAAGGACCAGAAGAUUUGGAAUCGAAUAUUAACCAAUUAUAUAAAAUGGGUUUAGACAAGAUCGUCUUCUUACCAUUCGCAUACUUAUUGGACUUGUUCCGUUACGGUGUCUUCCGUGGUACAACCACUGAAAAUGACUACAAUUGUCAUUUCUGGCAGCUGAGGGAAUCUCUUCAGGGUGUUGAACCACCAGCACCUAGGUCUGAGGAGGACUUUGACCCCGCUGCUAAAUACCACGUUUCUGCUGAUGUUGAGUAUAUGAGAUACUACGUGUCAUAUAUCAUUCAGUUCCAAUUCCAUCGAUCGCUUUGCCAGUUAGCCGGUGAGUAUGUGCCCGGGGACCCGAACAAGCUGCUCUCCAACUGCGACAUCUACAGGAGUACCGAAGCUGGUAACGCUUUAGGUAAAAUGUUGCAACUCGGUUCGUCAAAGCCAUGGCCAGAUGCGAUGGAGGCUCUCACUGGCCAGCGUAAGAUGGAUGCCAGUGGAGUUCUAGAAUAUUUUGAACCCCUUUACGAGUGGUUGAAACGGGAGAACGAACGCACCGGAGAAUUCAUUGGUUGGGAAGCAAGUAACGUCCAAUACUGCACACCAGAACAAAGAAGUGCUAUGAAGAAUUCAGAAUUCCAAAGGAGAUUACACAAAUACGCUGAUGAAUCUACAGGAAUUUCUACUACGAUGUCCUUAAAUUUCGGAAAUGGCUUAUUUAGUUUUCCAUUUAGUUGGACUUGGUUUAUAUCACCGCCCAAUUUUAAGACGCCAAGCCGCAUGGCUGUAUCUUUGCCAAAGCUACAAUGUACGGUUCUAAUGGUGGCGAGAGCUAUAUUAACACCGACAAUAGCAGGUAUCACUUCUAAGAAACUGCACACGAUACUUCAGUUCAAAUUAGAUGAUAUAAUAUAUAACCCUGACCAGAUUUGUGACGGUCAGACAACCAUGGCCUGUGCUCACAAGAGAAACCUAAUAAUAUGGUUCUAUUUUACGCUGGUUACGUUUGUUUGCGUUGCUGAACCACAGCUUGACUUACCCCCGUUGCCACAAGUAUCCACUCAAACGAAUCCGUAUGGUAUCGGAUUAUCUAGUACCUCACCUGGAAAUCUGCAAGGGAAUCAGUUCGAUUUGAAUCGAAACUUCCAAUACAGUACGGCUAGACCUCAAGGUUCUGCUACUCCAGGGGUAUACCCGGUUUCAUCCACUCCGUUUAAUCAGAUAAAUCCUGACAUCAGUAACAAUGGCUACCCAAGUUUAGACUACGGUAACGGACGGAAUCCAAGUUCCACUCUACGUCCCUUUGACGACAUAAAUCGUGAUGAUCAGAUUGAUAUAACAAAUGAUAUCAAUUUUCGGCGGAAUGAUCCUAACUUCGUUCGUAAUGAUCCCAGUUACGUUGGAACAAAUCCUUACUCGUUCAAUAGAGAUUCUAAUAAUAAUGCCAUUGAUGAUAGACUGAAUUACGCGAGUGUUCAGCAAGUGAGAGACUUCCUUCUACGUGCUGACGACCAGGCUUCUAAAGAGUGUACCAACAAUGUGGCAGCUCAGUGGAAUUUCGAAACUGAUGUCAAUGAUGUAACGCAACACGCAGCUCUCGACGCUCAGCAACGCUACACGUUAUUCCAGCGUGGUCUUUGGGAAGCCGCUCAGCAUGUGCCCCGAGGUGCUAUAAGAGACUUCAGUACCUUCAGGCAGCUACGCAUGCUUUCCACCAUAGGGCCGGCAGCUCUGCCUCCAGACCAGCUGGAUAGGUACAACCGUAUCAUCAACGACAUGCUAGCAGUAUACAACUCAGCCGAAAUUUGCGCUUACAAUGAACCAUUCAAAUGUGGCCUGCAUCUACAGCCGGAGUUGCAAUUCAUCAUGUCUCACUCCCGAGAUUGGGACGAGCUGCAACAUGUCUGGACUGAAUGGAGGAGAAACACUGGCAGACGUAUUAGGGACUUGUAUGAACAGCUCGUAGAUUUGACUAAUCAAGCUGCCAGACUUAACAAUUUCACAGACGCGUCAGCAUUUUGGAUGUUUCCCUAUGAAAUGCCAAAUAUGAGACAAGAAAUCGACACGGUGUGGGAACAGGUAAAGCCACUUUACGACUUACUCCACGCAUACGUACGCCGUCGUCUCCGUGAGUCCUAUGGCCCUGAGCGAAUUUCCCGCUCAGCUCCCAUACCGGCGCACGUGCUUGGAGACAUGUGGGCUCAAAGCUGGUCGGGCAUCGUACCCUUCACCCUGCCGUACCCUGGGAAGAAACUUGUUGAUGUCACGCAGGAAAUGUUGCAACAGGGUUACACGCCAGUAACUAUAUUCCAACUGGCCGAGGAGUUCUUCGUCUCUAUGAACAUGUCAGCAAUGCCUGAUGACUUCUGGUCUCUGAGCGUGUUCCAGCAGCCUCCAGACAGGAAUAUCCACUGCCAGCCUUCUGCUUGGGACUUUUGUAAUGGUCAUGAUUUUCGUAUCAAGAUGUGCACACACCCUGAUAUGAAAGAUUUGAUCACGGCUCACCACGAAAUGGGACACAUUGAAUACUUCCUCGCGUACAGGAACCAGCCUAAGGUCUUCAGAGAUGGUGCAAAUCCCGGUUUCCACGAAGCGAUUGGUGAGACCAUCGCUCUAUCCGUUUCCUCACCUCGCCACCUCCAGACCCUGGGCCUGAUCCAACGCUCAGUUGACGACACAGCUCACGACAUCAACUACCUGUUUACCCAGGCGAUGGACAAGCUGGCCUUCCUACCCUUCGCGCUAGUUAUGGACAGGUGGCGUUGGGACGUCUUCACUGGUGAUAUCAGAAAGGAGCAGUAUAACUGUCACUGGUGGAGCCUCAGGGAGCAGUACGAAGGAAUUAAGCCCCCAGUCCUAAGAUCAGAGCUUGAUUUUGACCCCGGUUCAAAGUACCACAUUCCAGCCAACAUUCCAUAUAUAAGGUAG